UUUUAAUUGUGAAAGUUAAAUAUAAAUAACACGUCAUUAAAUAAUUUCUUCGGUAUUUUGCUUUUUAUGAUAUAACAAUGGAAACACAUGUUUGUCGUUCCAUCUUGUUACUUCUUAUUUUUAUUUAUUUUCUUUAUAUUUUAGGAAAACUUUUAAAUGUUCCGACGAAAGAACAAAAUGAUCACGAAAGGGAAAAGAUUCCCGUGGAGUUAUUUGUAAUGAGCCGUUGUCCAGACGCCGUCGCGUGCGAAGAAGUUAUGGCAGAUGUUGUAAAAGAAGUAAACGACAUUUCAACUUUUAAAACCAAUUAUAUUGCUACAUUAAAUUCUUCUGCUACAUAUGGAGCUACAUGUAAACAUGGAGAUCUAGAAUGCAAUGGAAACAUUCAAGAACUUUGUUUCCAAGAAGUUAAUUCAAAUCAAUUAACUUUUUUCAAUUAUCUCAUGUGCAUUCAUCGCUCGUUUGAUCGUAUUGGCUCACAUGAAUGGGCUAAACAAUGUUCUGAAGAAGUUGGACAGGAUUAUGAUCCAAUAGAUAAAUGCGUAAAUUCUGAUACUGGUUUAAAUUUAUUUAUUAAAAGUGUUCAGAAAUCAAAAGCAAAUCAAGCAAACGUAAGUUGCACGAUCUUUAUUGAUGGACAUAAGAGAUGUAUCAGAGAUGGAGGAGAUUGGUAUGAUUGUCCUGAUGGAAAUUCUGACAAGGAUUUUGUAAAGUCUAUUAAAAAUGCCUACAAAAAAUGAAAUAAAUUACUACUAAAUAUCUUAAAAUAAAUAAAAUAAAUGAAGUUUUCUA